AUGAAGUGUUAUUGUAUGUUGAGUCAGGGGAGUGAGGUGUUAUGGGUUUACAAGAAGAUGAAGGAAGAUGGAGUGGAACCUGAUUUGGUGACAUACAAUACUUGGAUUUUUGUGUUAUCAAAGUCGGGGAGAUUUAAGGAGGCUAUGAAGUUUUUGGUUGUUAUGGGAGGGAAAUGCAUUUGGGGCAGUGCAGUUGUUGGAAAGUGGUGCACACAGAAUUUGUGUACUUAUAGCAGUACUUUGCUUCAGGGGUUAUGCAAGGCAAAUAUGUUGGAAAAGGCAAUUGAAUUGUAUGGUGUGAUGAAAGAAGGUGAUAUGAAGCUUGAGACAGGAUCUUUUGGGAAGUUUCUGAGGCAUGGUAGGAUUGUUGAGGUGUAUGAUUUAUUUGAUUAUGCUGUGGAGAGUAAGAGCUUGUUGGAUGUUGCUGCGUACUCAACAUUGGAAAGUACUUUGAAAUGGCUGAAGAAACCCAAAAAACAAGGACUUGCUGUUUAA